GCGAGGGGAACGCCUCCAGGAAAAGAAAUUAAAUGCACACACACAGAGGCACACAGAGACGGGCGAUUUGAAAAUAUUCCUGAGAAAGCAAUUUGUGCUUAUGCAGCACAGCGUCACAUGAAAGAGGCUGCCUGAAGAGCGGGCUGGCACAGGGUUAUUUUGCUGUAAUAUUUUCUUCCACCCCCAGCUCUUUACCCAGUGGAAUGAUAUCCAGAGCAAGUUUUUUGAGACAGGAAGUGAGGAAUGUUUUCACUAUGAGUGAUCUGAGAAGAAGGUGGGUUAGCCGAGAUAGCAGCUGUUUCGGACAAGAGGAACACAGUAAGUCAGUUCCCAAGGAGUACAGAUGAGAUGGCUCCAGGAGAAAAAGUCUUGGAGUGCUGUGGGUUUUUUUCAGCUACACGUAUGUGAAAGGAGACUUGGUGUCUUUGGAUUGCUGCACAAGUAGCACCGAAGAAAGUGCGUAACUGUGCAAAGAAUGUAUUGGAAAAUGGGCCCCGGGGACGCGAGCUGAGGUCAGUCAGCCAAAAGUUACUCUGCCAGGAAUAAACCCAGUGUGAGAUUCUGCUGGCAGGGGGCAGGAAACUAAAAGCUUCAUGUCUGUACAGCAUUCCCUGCAUGCUGCUCCAGGGGGGCAGGAUUUGGAGGAUCAAAGUGCAGGGAUUCCAGUGGAUGCCCCUUCUACUUGUCUCUUGGUGGAAAACUUGCUUGUCUUUAAUGGAUACUGCUGCUGCUGGCUGAUCUCUGGAGACUUUACAGCUCCUUACCUUCUGAGAGGAGACAGCUGCUUGUUUCCUCUCAAGUACCCUGUGGUAGUAGCUUCUUAUCAGUAACCAUCUGUGGGGGAAAAAGAAGAUGCCUCUACCUUUUGGGUUAAAAUUGAAACGAACUCGACGUUACACAGUAUCCAGCAAGAGUUGCUUGGUGGCUCGUAUCCAACUACUCAACAAUGAAUUUGUGGAGUUCACGCUCUCGGUGGAAAGCACGGGCCAGGAAAGUCUGGAAGCAGUGGCUCAGAGGCUGGAAUUGCGGGAGAUUACAUAUUUCAGUCUGUGGUAUUAUAAUAAGCAGAAUCAGCGCAGAUGGGUAGAUUUGGACAAGCCUCUGAAAAAGCAGCUGGACAAAUAUGCUUUGGAGCCAACUGUGUAUUUUGGAGUAGUGUUCUAUGUGCCUACUGUUUCUCAGCUUCAGCAGGAGAUUACCAGGUAUCAGUAUUACUUGCAAUUAAAGAAAGAUAUCUUGGAGGGUAACAUUCCUUGCACACUGGAACAAGCAAUACAUCUGGCUGGUUUAGCUGUUCAGGCUGAUUUUGGAGACUAUGAUCAGUAUGAAUCUCAAGAGUUUCUACAAAGAUUUGCUUUGUUUCCAGUGGGUUGGCUACAAGAGGAAAAAAUAUUGGAAGAAGCGACACAGAAAGUUGCCUUGCUACAUCAGAAGUACAGAGGCCUUACUCCUCCUGAUGCGGAAAUGUUAUAUAUGCAAGAAGUAGAGAGAAUGGACGGCUAUGGUGAAGAGACCUAUCCUGCAAAGGACAGCCAAGGAAGUGACAUAUUCAUUGGAGCAUGUCUUGAUGGUAUCUUUGUGAAACACAAAAAUGGUCGUCCUCCUGUUGUAUUUAGGUGGCAUGAUAUUGCCAAUAUGUCCCACAACAAAUCCUUUUUUGCAUUAGAGCUGGCAAACAAAGAAGAGACAAUCCAAUUCCAAACUGAAGAUAUGGAAACAGCAAAAUAUGUGUGGAGAAUGUGUGUGGCUAGACACAAAUUUUACAGACUGAAUAAAUGCAGCCUACAAACACAACCUGUUGCAGUGAAUCCUGUUAGAAGGAGGUCUUCAUCCAGGAUGUCUAUGCCCAAGCCUCAGCCUUAUAUGAUGCCUCCACCACCUCAGCUACAUUACAAUGGUCAUUAUACUGAACCAUAUGCAUCCUCCCAAGAUAACCUCUUUGUGAGUAAUCAGAAUGGAUACUACUGUCACUCUCAGACUAGCUUGGAUAGAGCCCCUCAUGACUACAGUGGUCGGAUCCGCAAUGGUAGUGUCUAUAGUGCACAUAGCACAAACUCCUUGAACAACCCACAACAUUACUUGCAGCCGUCCCCCAUGUCCUCUAACCCAAGCAUUACUGGAAGCGAUGUCCUCAGAACUGAUUAUGUCCCAUCACAUAGACAUAGUGCACUAAUACCGCCUUCUUAUCGUCCCACACCAGACUAUGAAACUGUGAUGAGGCAGCUCAACAGGGGGAUGGUGCACACAGAUAGGCAGAGUCAUUCAAUGAGAAAUCUUAACAUCAGCAAUUCAUAUGCUUACAGCAGGCCUGAUGCCUUAGUUUACAGUCAACCUGAAAUACGAGAACAUGCUCAUUUUGCUUCCCCACAAUCUAACCAUUAUCCGUUUAACCUGAACUACAGUUUUCAUAGCCAAUCCCCCUAUCCCUAUCCUGCUGAAAAGCGCCCAGUUGUUGGGGCAGUCAGUGUGCCUGAGUUGACAAAUGUGCAGCUCCAGGCUCAGGACUAUCCAGCACCAAAUAUAAUGAAGACGCAAGUCUAUCGACCUCCUCCGCCAUACCCGUAUCCGAGACCUGCAAAUAGUACUCCAGACCUUUCACGACAUAUCUACAUUAGCAGCAGCAAUCCUGAUCUUAUCACAAGGCGAGUGCACCAUUCUGUCCAGACAUUUCAGGAAGACAGCCUGCCUGUGGCACAUUCUCUUCAGGAAGUCAGUGAACCCCUGACAUCGGCACGGCAUGCUCACCUGCAGAAAAGGAACAGUAUUGAAAUAGCAGGCUUGACUCCCAGCUUUGAAGGAAUAAGAAUUAAAGAGAGGACCAUGUCAGCUUCUGCAGCAGAUGUGGCUCUUCCCAGAGUUAUCUCAGAAGGGUCACAGCCCAACAUUCUGAUGGAGAGAACAAAGCAAAAAGAAAGUGAGCACGAAGAAAGUGUGAACUGUGAUCAUAAGAAAACCUUUUCUGAUGCCACUAUGCUGAUUCACAGUAGCGAAGAAGAAGAAUUUGAAGAAGAAAACAAGGCUAGUACAAGUCUUUCUCCUCUCCCUGAAGAUCAAACCCAACUUUCAUCUGUUAUGGGUGGUUAUUCUCAUGAUUCAGUACUGAACUACCCUUAUAGCUCUGUUGCUUCAUCUGCUGGCCCUUUGCAUAUUCUUGAGCCUAAAUUACAUAUUACAGAGACAGAAAAGAGAAUGAAAGAUAUGAGUCCCAUUCAUUUACUAGUAGAAAGCCAGGUACAGAGAAGAGGGGAAGGACUGCUUACUCCAUCUAUGUCGGAAUCUGAUCUUACAACAUCAGAGAGAUACAGAGUAAGGAAAGAUUCAGUAAAGAAGAGACCUGUGUCCGACCUUUUGUCUGGGAAGAAGAAUGUUGUGGAAGGCCUUCCCCCACUAGGUGGUAUGAAAAAGAAUAAAAAUGAUGCAAAAAAAAUAGGGCCUCUAAAGCUAGCUGCCCUAAAUGGACUAGCUUUGACUAGAAUGCCUCUGCCAGAUGAGGCAAAGGAAGAAUCAACAAGAGCAACAAAUGAUGAACGGUGUAAAGUUCUGGAACAACGGUUAGAGCAGGGUAUGGUAUUUACUGAAUAUGAGCGCAUUCAGAAAAGAAGACUUAUAGAUGGUGAGUGCUCAAUAGCUCGGCUUCCUGAAAAUGCUGAAAGAAACCGGUUCCAGGAUGUCCUUCCUUAUGAUGAUACCAGAGUAGAGCUAGUCCCAACCAAAGAAAAUAACACAGGUUACAUCAAUGCAUCUCAUAUCAAGAUCUCCGUUGGCGGCAUAGAGUGGGAUUAUAUUGCUACGCAGGGCCCUUUGCAGAGCACAUGUCAGGAUUUCUGGCAGAUGAUCUGGGAACAAGGGAUUGCCAUCAUAGCUAUGGUGACUGCAGAGGAAGAAAGUGGGCGAGAAAAAAGCUUCAGAUACUGGCCACGUCUUGGUUCAAGACACAACACUGUAACAUAUGGAAGAUUUAAGAUUACCACACGAUUCCGUACCGACUCAGGCUGCUAUGCAACUACGGGUUUGAAAAUUAAACAUCUUCUCACAGGACAGGAGAGAACAGUUUGGCAUCUGCAGUAUACUGACUGGCCAGAGCAUGGCUGUCCAGAGGAUUUAAAGGGAUUUCUCUCAUACUUGGAAGAGAUACAGUCAGUGCGGCGCCAUACGAACAGCACUGCGGAUCCUAAAAACUCUAAUCCUCCUGUGCUGGUACAUUGCAGUGCAGGUGUAGGACGAACAGGAGUGGUUAUACUGUCAGAGAUCAUGAUCGCUUGCUUGGAACACAAUGAGAUGCUGGACAUCCCACGAGUGCUCGACAUGUUGAGGCAGCAGAGAAUGAUGAUGGUGCAGACUCUUUCGCAGUACACUUUCGUCUAUGGAGUUCUCAUUCAGUUUCUCAAAAGUUCUAGACUCAUAUAAUCCCUGCCACUUCCUAAGGGACACGCUGCAAGAGUUUACGGAAAGGAAAUUGCAGUUGUCCAGGCAGACCUGCUCUCACUGGUGUUUUCUUCGUAUGAUGGAUCACACAGUUACCUUUUAGGGCUGGUAUGUGACUCUUAAACGCGAGUCAGUGUAACAGUCCCUGCAAAGCAGGAUCUUCGCUGGACUAAAUUCUUCCCAUGUUCAGCUGCAGUUGUAUUAAGGAAUGGUUUUACUUGUACUGGUCUGUAGUACUUACAUAUGUUCUUUAGAGUGGUGUUACUCUGGGCAAAAUAAGUAUCUUAUGGAAUGGAAGCACAUGGCACAAUUUUACUGACAUGUUUUAAAACAUCAUUGUUAAGUGGUUGAAAGCUAAAAUCUGUAGAUGCACAUGGGGUGAGAAACCUGCUCCUUGGGAGUGUCAAGGUCUUACGCAGUUUCAUUCUGCUUUCAAUUUUAUAUUUAGAACAAUACAUCUAUAUUUUUUAAAAUUAACUUCUGGUUUCCUCUGGUUUACUCAGCAAAACUAGCAGCUCUUAGAUAUUUUAAGCCGUUGCUUUAAGGACAGUUAUUUUUAUAUUCAGCAUUCUUUAAUUAAAAAAACCCCCAAAACACCACGACCGAAAACUUUCAAAAAGCAUAGUAUUUCCAGAAAAGACUGAGAAUGUUUGAACUAGCUUUUCAAAAAUCAUGCAGAAAGUACUAGGGGAAGCUACUGGUAGUUAGUUGUAGUGCCGUGUAAUGGAACUGACAAGUGACAGAUUAUGUUAACUGUUGAUACCUUCCAUUUGAGCAGAGGCAUGUGUACCCGCAACAAGCAGAGGAAAAAUAUUCUAAUUAUCUAUAAGGUUAUUGGAAACAAAUGGGUGAAAGAAAGUACAUAUUCAGUAUUAUUCAUAUAUUUAGAAGACAGUUUGAUUUUACUGGCUGAAAUCAAAGUGAAUGCAAAUGUUUUAAGCACUUUUUUUGCUCUGUUAUUUAUGUAGUUAAACAUAGAAACUAAAAUCAUGCAUUGUUUCAUAUGGUAAUAUACCAUUACUAACCUGUUAUUUUAAGAGGAGCUUUCUAAGUUGAUGAAGUGAGAGAACCAAAACUGGAGUAAGAAGGUGCAUAGUGGCAAAGCAGAAAUGAUCAUAUGAAACAUAACGGAGGAGGUGUGACAGCUAUGAUUGUUGGUUUACAUGGUGUGAAGAUGACCAUUAAAGAUGUUCAUACUCCCAGUCAAGAAAGCCUUUGCAGCCCUGGAAGUUUCUGUAGAACCCUCCAGAUUAUUUUGUCAGUACGAGGACAGAUUUUCCUAAUGCCGUGCAGCGUUGCAAUGAAGAGUAUCCACAGAAGCCGUUUGACACCUGCAGAAUAUAAGAGCUCUUAGAGGUAACACUGGAGAUGUGGGCGUUUUGGUAGCUGUGUACGUGGCUGACUCAAUGGCGGUGGCACGGACCUGAAGCUGAGUCGUACCUUUGGUAGUUUCCAUUUUGUCCCGUGGCUCCAGACUGAUGGCGGUAUCCCUAAAUAAUUUUCUGCCUGUGGUUUUCAAAUGAGGACGGUGUGGUUUUACCUGCCUUUUCAAGUGUUUUGAGACGCUGAGUUAAAAAUCCCUAUUCAAAAGUGAGCUAUUAGUUUGUAGAUAUGUGGUUUAAUUUCAAAAAACCCUGUGGUAGGCCAGUCUGCAGGCAUGUUUAGGUGUCCAUUUCCUGCUUAGCGAAAUGAAAUGAGACUGAAAGUCGUUUUUAUCACUGGUGAAAUUAUGUUAUUUUUCUGAGCUGUAACAAGGGUUUGGAAACUAUUAUAAAUAAUUAAAACCCCUUCAAAAUUAUAAUUGUCUCCUAAAACAUUAAUUAAGAAAUAGGUUGCCUCAAUUUCCUCUGUAAUAAGCUAUUUCCACAAAUCAAAACACAUGGUCCAAAUGACAUUGUUCAUUGUGCAAUGACAUACGUCCUUGCGAAUGACACAUGUCAUUCUAUACAAAAUGUAUUGCUUUAAAGUACGCUGUAUUAAUCUAGUGCAUCUGGUCUGCUUUCAGGCAGUCUGAAUUGUUCUACUGUCAGUAAAAGUAAGAUUGAAUAUUUCAGAUGGGGGGAAAAAUAUGUUCUUUUUCUAACUACAAGAUGCCUAGGAAGUAUUAGCUGCCAAAUGUAAAACUGGACAUCCAGAGGAAACCAGUUCCUGAAGACUGAUUCUUUACAUAUAAAACUUGCAAACAAACGAAUUUGACAUAUCUGUGUUAACAGAAGUAUUGAAAGAUACAAACAUACUUAGCUCUUUGUAUCAUGCUGUGUUUAAAAACAUUGCUACUUUUUGACACAGUUCAAUUAUAUCUUCAGAAAUACUUCUGAAUGGGAAGGUAUGCUCUAAAAUGUAGCUUGUACCAUUUCCAUUUCUAAAUUAUGGACUGUGAUCUUCAUAACCUGAUACACACAGCUUUUAAUGAAAUAACGUACAACCACAAAUUCAAGCAACAAUUUUUAGCUGUUCAGCAGUUACUGGGACAGAACAUCAGCCGUGAGGCAUUAAAAGGAGCAGUUAAAACAAGCAAUUUAAUCCAAAACUUAUGCGAUUAUCUGAGGUGGGCGAGUAAACGUGUGUCUGUUGGCUUUCUUUUCUGUUUUGGUGAAAGAAGUUGUGUUCACUUUUAGGCGCGGUUGCUCUCUAAUCUGGUAGUUACAAUCCUGAUUUAUUUUUUUAAGCGUAACACUGCUACCUCCUCCACUUCAGCUUUCAGUUCUGUCCAUCAGCAGUCUGUUUUUGCAUGAAUAGACUUGACCUUAAUAGGCUUGACCUUAGGUGAGCUUUCCUACUGAAGACAGCAGGGUUGGUUUUGUAUGUAAGCAUAUGGCUCCAAGUGAGCAUUGAAAAUGAGCAGUUUCUCUUCUAAAGAUACCAAAUGAAAAUAAACUUCACAACCUCCUAUAACAAAAUUAAUUUUAAAAUCAUUGUUUAGAUUUUCAGUUAACUUCUAAAGGAAAAUUAAGUUUUUAGCACUUUGUUCUGAGCUUUGAAAAGGGAUGGUUUUUUACAUGUACUUGCGCUGAGUGCUUCAUGAAGUGUUGGACAUUAUGAGAACAUCCACUGUCCACAUCCUGUUACAGUGUGAGGCGGAGGUGGAUUUAUUUGUCAAAAGCUUAAAAUUCUACUAUAAGCCUGUCUAUUUUGCCAAAUGUGCUUCUUUUUUAUGGGGAUGAAACCAGAUUAUUAUGCACGGUUUGAGCUGACUCUUUUUAGUAAGAAAAGGUGUAUGAAGACAUUCUUGUAGGAAAUGGCAAAGAUGAUGCUGAUCUCUAGGGAUGUCAGAGCUCUCAGGGAUAAAUAAAGGUGCUAUAUACUGUCAAGAGACAGAUUUGACUGUCUUUUAUGGGCUAAGUGGAAAAUACUUUUUAGGGACAAAUUCUAUGAAGAGUCAGAAGAACCCACAAACUGUAGUAAGGGCUUCCCUCACAUUCGGUUUCUUUCUUGGUUGCUCUGAUGAGAGAAUUUUUUGGCCAGUGAAUCUUUGUAGUCUUGGGCUAGCAGCUCUUCCCUAAGAACGUAAGUCAGAGCCCUGUUGGUUGCAAAGAUGUCACUGACUCGGCAGGCUUAGCUGCAGGCUGCAAAUCACUCCUCGCCCUGUUCUGUGAGGGAGAAGCGCCGUGGUACUCAGGGGAGUUUUGCAUAGCUUUCCUGCAGCCUACACAGCAGUGCUGUCCUUUUUCUGCUGUCCCCCAUGAAGAGCAGGAAAAGUUUUAUGCCUUAGUAUUGCUCUCACUGUGAUACCUUUUCCACAAGGGAACGGUAAAAACUACAAGUGCAGGGUGCUAUGGUUUUAUAUCCAGAAAUACAUUUAAUUCAAAGCAAGUGAGCAAGGCAGAGUUCCUAUAAUUUCUGUGAAUGAGAAGUUGCUCUAAGUUAUCAUCAACAUUUAGAAAAAAAACAAAAGCAGUAAUAAAUAAAAGUAAAGUUAACAUGUACUAAAAUGGAAAAAAUUCUUGGCAUUUUGAGAAAUGUAUUUUUGGCUUCUCUUGUAAUCCCGUGUAUCUUUUUUUGAAGUGGAUGACAUUUGGAGCAAUUUUCUCCAAAAAUAGCUUCUUAAAUUUAAUAAGUAAUACUACCUGGGGCUGCUGCUACAUUUUGCUUGUUGGAGCAGCUGUUAAAGUUGAGUGGCUUGUAGAUUUCAAUGGCCUUUGGACCAAACUUGGGAACUGCAGGGUGGUUUAUCGUACAAGCUAGCUGUGUAAUGAGACCUCAGUUUUAAUAUCAGUAGCAUUAAUAAAACCCUGGACUUAAAAAUAGUGAACUCGUUACUAUAUUUCAAUAGUUAGUUCAAAUUAUUAAUUUAAAAGAAAUAACACUUCAAUUGCUAAAAAUUGCUUUAGAGUUUAGGUUUUGGGAUUUGAUGGGUUUUGGGUUUUUUUCCCACCACUGCAAAGUCAUGCAAAGCCAUGCAAAGCCAGAGUCCAGUCCUGCAAGAUGCAAAAUUCCUGCAGUUCCUCCUGAUAUUGUAGGAAUUAAAAUGGGCUUAUUGCCAAUGAAAGCUUGAGCCCUUAAAGCAUAAAUACUCACAUGUCUGCUUUAAAUUUAAAUACAGCUUACAAGAACUAGGCAAAAGAAUGCAGCAGGAAUGUGCAUACAUGAAGCUACAGCAUUCAGAGGAAAAGUAGCUGAGAGUUCAGAAGAUACUCUCUUGUGAAGGUACAAAAUGUUGGAGGUAGAGAGGGAGGAUUUGGGGAAUAGCUGAAGGCAUUUGGAGGAAGAUUUGGAACGUUUUGUAUCGGCGGCGGAGCUGCCAGAAGAGUUUGAUUCAUAUGGUAUGUUUUUCAUAGCAUGGUAGGGUAAGUGAAUAUGUAGUCAUAGGUGUUAUUUUUACUGGCUUUUUAAAAUGUGAUUUUUGAAACUCCAAAUAUUUUCUUUUUCAGAGGCCCUGUUAUUUUUACAUACCUUCCUUUCCAAAUGUAUUUAAUGCAAUCUGUCAGUUCAGAUUCUGUUUACUUACUAAAGGUCAGAUUUUUCAAACGACGGUCUCUGGUUUUACACAUGCAAAAUGCAGGGGGAAUAGGCAGACAUGCAGUUUUGCAGUGAUAAUUUCUAACAGAUGCAGGUUAGAUGAUUUGAAAGACUAAAUACUUUAUGAAUGCAGCCAGGUGUUUACAGUAGGUGUGAAUUGCACCAGGUUAAGGCUGGGCUGAAAACCAGGCCCUUGAAAUGUGGAAUUUACCAUGUGCUUAGAAACCAUGUUGCAGUGCAGCAUUUGCAAUACAGUGAUAUUAAAAUAAUAUAAUACUGUGCUGAAGUAAGGGAAAAAAUCUUAAACUUUAACAGCUGUUGCAAACACGUCUGUAAAAAACAAAACAAAAAACAACCAAAACUUAGUAAGAUCUUCUUGGGGACCAGCUACCUUGGUGCAUUCUGUAGGCAUCACAUAUGUUACUUUAAGGUCUACAGGGGCUGAAAAUAAAAAGGAUUUGUUAACUUCAAUGAGCAUUUCAAAAAACAGUUGCUAAAUGACCUUUGGUUCUAUUCUUUGCUGUUUUCCACUUGAUGCUGUGUUCAGUGGUGAAGAAUAACCUCCAGUGUAUUUGUUCUCUGGAAGUCUAUUCUUCAGCUCUAACUAGGGAACGAAGAUAGGAAUCAAAUGCAAAGAAUGUAAUGAAUAGAGUUUACAACAGAUCCAGCCUGUGGCAAGUUAGAGAGCAAGUCUGUAGAUAAUGUAAUGUUAUUUUGGUUCAGAUAUGCGGCAAUCCAAACCAGCAAAUCAUUCAUUUUAUGAGUACAGUUUCAGAAGGUGCCUAACUUUUAUAAAGGGAAUUUAAAUGCUGUUUUUCCAUUUGGAAAUAUUUAGGUAAAAUUAGGAGACUUUUAAAAUACUUUAAGAACUUUGCAAAUGCCAUUAAUUUUCAGAAUGGUAGGAAGCUUAAUGGGGAAAGCUCAUGUAAAAUCCUCCAGUCUGUCACCUUGCUGACCCUGGAUAACUCUGACAGACAAGGUGUAUGUGCUCUUCACAGAGAUACUUUCUUAAAUUGCUUUGAAAUACCCAAGGUAACUGUACUCUUGAUGGCUGAUCUGGGGUGACUUGGCUGGAAAUUUUAGAGGCCUGACCUGGCAAAUCAGUGUGUGCACUCCUGCACGUUGCUGAAAUCUCUUCAUUCAGCUAAAGCAAAUGGGUGUUUGAAGUCCUUUCAGCAGUCUUGUAGGAUUGAGUCCUUAAUGUCAGAGGAAUGCAGGAUCUGGCUCCAUUUUCUUCCAUUUUCAUUUGAGCCAGUAUGCAGGGAUUUAAAUGGGACUUUGUUUAAACAGUAGCAAACAUGAAGUAUUAUUUUCUAGUACUAAGCUAGUUGUUAACAUGUCUAUAUUUGCUGUCUUGCCACCAAUGCUGUAAAAAUGUAUAAUCAAAACAGCUUUAAUUCUUGUAAAACUGAAAUUGGUUUGUAAAACAAUGUACAAAUUGUGUUUCAUAGACAGAAAAGCUUGUAUUACUGAAUGUAAUAUAUGUGAAAUGAAUAUAUUAUAGUCUAUUUUUGCCAUGGAAAUAAAUAUUUGAAGCAACUA